GUGAGCUGUGAGAGAGGAGGGGACCACUGCCUCUAAAAUGAGUCUCUCUGGGGAGAGCGAGGAGAGAGGCACUGCCUCUAAAACGAGUCUCUCUGGGGAGAGAGAGGAGGAGACUACUGCCUCUAAAAUGAGUCUCUCUGGGGAGAGAGAGGAGACCACUGCCUCUAAAAUGAGUCUCUUUGGGGAGAGAGAGGAGGGGACCACUGCCUCUAAAAUGAGUCUCUCUGGGGAGAGCGAGGAGAGAGGCACUGCCUCUAAAACGAGUCUCUCUGGGGAGAGAGAGGAAGAGACUACUGCCUCUAAAACGAGUCUCUCUGGGGAGAGAGAGGAGGAGACCACUGCCUCUAAAAUGAGUCUCUCUGGGGAGAGAGAGGAGACCACUGCCUCUAAAAUGAGUCUCUCUGGGGAGAAAGAGGAGACCACUGCCUCUAAAAUGAGUCUGUCUGGGGAGAGCGAGGAGAGAGGCACUGCCUCUAAGAGGAGAGACCAUGGUGGAGAGAGUUGGAUCAAGCCUGGACCUGAGAACACCAGAGACCAUGGUGGAGAGUGUUGGAUCAAGCCUGGACCUGAGGACACCAGAGACCACGGUGGAGAGUGUUGUAUUAAGCCUGGACCUGAGAAAUGGAUUCCUCAGAGCUGUAAGACUUGUGACCAUGUUGAGGACUCCACACACUGGCUUCAGAUUGAACCCUUGACUUCCACUGUCCAGGGAGUGACAAUGUUCAGACACAGGACACCCAAAGGGAGUUAUGAGUGCACAGUGUCUGGGCUCCGCUGGCUGUGUGAGAGAGAUGUCAUUCUGAAGUAUCACUUCAGGAACUGGGAACACUACAGUCAACUUCUGCAAGACAUGCAGUACACACAAGGUGGUCCAUUGCUGGACAUCACUAUGGAGUUAGGUGAACUGGAGGAAGUUCAUCUGCCACACUUUGUCUGUUUAGGGACCAACCCUUCCCUGAGGAAUGAGAUGAAGAUUCUUCAUGUAGAGGAACAUGGAGUGUCUUUUGAGGAAGUGCAUGAGGUCACCAGAUUCCAUGCUAAGAUUCUCCAUCCCAAGUUCUCAUCUGUCUCUGUUGUACUGAACUAUAUCGCCUGUUGGAACGUAGAUGUCCACUGUGACGUGAUCCUCUAUUUGGCAGUAAAAAGGUCAACAGUAAUUUCAAGGCUGUACCUGCUCCUCAGAAACUCCAGUCAGAAAGAGGCUGUUCAGGAACGGGAGAAAAAUCAGCUGUCCCAAGGAUAUUCAGAAUUUCUCCUGUCAAAUCCAAACGGGUCCUUAAAACUGAACAAUUGGUUUUCACUCAAGAAUCCCCUCUCCACUUCCAUCAAUCCAGAGAAGAUUCAGCUGUUACCUGCAGACACCACACCAAGCUGUUGUCAGAUGAUUAUGGGAAACACAGGGGUUGACAUUGAGAUGGAGUUAAUCGGGGAUGAUGAGAGGAUAGCGUGGAGAGAUAUGCUACGAACAGAUGAAUACAUCACUGAAACCCAUUCAACUAGUGCUGUGUCGGGGGCAGGAGGUCCGGCUGUGAGCAGUCUGACUGGUUCUACAGAGCAGCAGCUGCGUUCUGUACGGACAGAGUUUGUGAAAAGAGUGUCAAGACCUGUCCUGAAUGGACUGCUGGACGGACUCCUGCAACACACAGUCAUCAACCAGGAGGACAUGGAGUCAGUGAAGGUGAUCGCUGAGAGGGCAGAGAAGGCACGUGACAUCAUCGACAUGGUGUUGAGAAAAGGAACUGAGUCGUGUUCCAGGAUGAUCAACCUUCUUGGGGAGCUGGACCCCUGUCUUUGUUCACAGCUUCAGAUCAACAGUGUUGGGGUACCAACCUAAUUGUAGAAUGGAUAGUAACAGUGUUGGGGUACCAUCCUAAUGGUAGAAUGGAUAGUAACAGUGUUGGGGUACCAACCUAAUGGUAGAAUGGAUACUAACAGUGUUGGGGUACCAACCUAAUGGUAGAAUGGAUAGUAACAGUGUUGGGGUACCAUCCUAAUGGUAGAAUGGAUAGUAACAGUGUUGGGGUACCAACCUAAUGGUAGAAUGGAUAGUAACAGUGUUGGGGUACCAACCUAAUGGUAGAAUGGAUAGUAACAGUGUUGGGGUACCAACCUAAUGGUAGAAUGGAUAGUAACAGUGUUGGGGUACCAACCUAAUGGUAGAAUGGAUAGUAACAGUGUUGGGGUACCAACCUAAUGGUAGAAUGGAUAGUAACAGUGUUGGGGUACCAACCUAAUGGUAGAAUGGAUAGUAACAGUGUUGGGGUCCCAACCUAAUGGUAGAAUGGACAGUAACAGUGUUGGGGUACCAACCUAAUGGUAGAAUGGAUAGUAACAGUGUUGGGGUACCAACCUAAUGGUAGAAUGGAUAGUAACAGUGUUGGGGUACCAACCUAAUGGUAGAAUGGAUAGUAACAGUGUUGGGGUACCAACCUAAUGCUAGAAUGGAUAGCAACAGUGUUGGGGUACCAACCUAAUGGUAGAAUGGAUAGUAACAGUGUUGGGGUACCAACCUAAUGGUAGAAUGGAUAGUAACAGUGUUGGGGGUACCAACCUAAUGGUAGAAUGGAUAGUAACAGUGUUGGGGUGCCAACCUAAUGGUAGAAUGGAUAGUAACAGUGUUGGGGUACCAACCUAAUGGUAGAAUGGAUAGUAACAGUGUUGGGGUACCAUCCUAAUGGUAGAAUGGAUAGUAACAGUGUUGGGGUACCAUCCUAAUGGUAGAAUGGAUAGUAACAGUGUUGGGGUACCAACCUAAUGGUAGAAUGGAUAGUAACAGUGUUAGGGUACCAACCUAAUGGUAGAAUAGAUAGUAACAGUGUUGGGGUACCAUCCUAAUGGUAGAAUGGAUAGUUACAGUGUUGGGGUACCAACCUAAUGGUAGAAUGGAUAGUAACAGUGUUAGGGUACCAACCUAAUGGUAGAAUAGAUAGUAACAGUGUUGGGGUACCAACCUAAUGGUAGAAUAAAAUGUUGGGGUACCAUCCUAAUGGUAGAAUGGAUAGUAACAGUGUUGGGGUACCAACCUAAUGGUAGAAUGGAUAGUAACAGUGUUAGGGUACCAACCUAAUGGUAGAAUAGAUAGUAACAGUGUUGGGGUACCAUCCUAAUGGUAGAAUGGAUAGUAACAGUGUUAGGGUACCAACCUAAUGGUAGAAUAGAUAGUAACAGUGUUGGGGUACCAACCUAAUGGUAGAAUAAAAUGUUGGGGUACCAUCCUAAUGGUAGAAUGGAUAGUAACAGUGUUGGGGUACCAACCUAAUGGUAGAAUGGAUAGUAACAGUGUUGGGGUACCAACCUAAUGGUAGAAUAAAAUGUUGGGGUACCAACCUAAUGGAUAGUAACAGUGUUGGGGUACCAUCCUAAUGGUAGAAUGGAUAGUAACAGUGUUGGGGUACCAACCUAAUGGUAUAAUGGAUAGUAACAGUGUUGGGGUGCCAACCUAAUGGUAGAAUGGAUAGUAACAGUGUUGGGGUACCAACCUAAUGGUAGAAUGGAUAGUAACAGUGUUGGGGUACCAACCUAAUGGUAGAAUGGACAGUAACAGUGUUGGGGUACCAUCCUAAUGGUAGAAUGGAUAGUAACAGUGUUGGGGUACCAUCCUAAUGGUAGAAUGGAUAGUAACAGUGUUGGGGUCCCAUCCUAAUGGUAGAAUGGAUAGUAACAGUGUUGGGGUACCAACCUAAUGGUAGAAUGGAUAGUAACAGUGUUAGGGUACCAACCUAAUGGUAGAAUAGAUAGUAACAGUGUUGGGGUACCAACCUAAUGGUAGAAUAAAAUGUUGGGGUACCAACCUAAUGGUAGAAUGGAUAGUAACAGUGUUGGGGUACCAACCUAAUGGUAGAAUGGAUAGUAACAGUGUUGGGGUACCAACCUAAUGGUAGAAUGGACAGUAACAGUGUUGGGGUACCAUCCUAAUGGUAGAAUGGACAGUAACAGUGUUGGGGUACCAACCUAAUGGUAGAAUGGAUAGUAACAGUGUUGGGGUACCAACCUAAUGGUAGAAUGGAUAGUAACAGUGUUGGGGUACCAACCUAAUGGUAGAAUGGAUAGUAACAGUGUUGGGGGUACCAUCCUAAUGGUAGAAUGGAUAGUAACAGUGUUGGGGUACAGUCCUAAUGGUAGAAUGGAUAGUAACAGUGUUGGGGUACCAACCUAAUGGUAGAAUGGAUAGUAACAGUGUUGGGGUACCAACCUAAUGGUAGAAUGGAUAGUAACAGUGUUGGGGUACCAACCUAAUGGUAGAAUGGAUAGUAACAGUGUUGGGGUACCAUCCUAAUGGUAGAAUGGACAGUAACAGUGUUGGGGUACCAACCUAAUGGUAGAAUAAAAUGUUGGGGUACCAUCCUAAUGGUAGAAUGGAUAGUAACAGUGUUGGGGUACCAACCUAAUGGUAGAAUGGAUAGUAACAGUGUUGGGGUACCAACCUAAUGGUAGAAUAAAAUGUUGGGGUACCAACCUAAUGGAUAGUAACAGUGUUGGGGUACCAUCCUAAUGGUAGAAUGGAUAGUAACAGUGUUGGGGUACCAACCUAAUGGUAUAAUGGAUAGUAACAGUGUUGGGGUGCCAACCUAAUGGUAGAAUGGAUAGUAACAGUGUUGGGGUACCAACCUAAUGGUAGAAUGGAUAGUAACAGUGUUGGGGUACCAACCUAAUGGUAGAAUGGACAGUAACAGUGUUGGGGUACCAUCCUAAUGGUAGAAUGGAUAGUAACAGUGUUGGGGUACCAUCCUAAUGGUAGAAUGGAUAGUAACAGUGUUGGGGUCCCAUCCUAAUGGUAGAAUGGAUAGUAACAGUGUUGGGGUACCAACCUAAUGGUAGAAUGGAUAGUAACAGUGUUAGGGUACCAACCUAAUGGUAGAAUAGAUAGUAACAGUGUUGGGGUACCAACCUAAUGGUAGAAUAAAAUGUUGGGGUACCAACCUAAUGGUAGAAUGGAUAGUAACAGUGUUGGGGUACCAACCUAAUGGUAGAAUGGACAGUAACAGUGUUGGGGUACCAACCUAAUGGUAGAAUGGAUAGUAACAGUGUUGGGGUACCAACCUAAUGGUAGAAUGGAUAGUAACAGUGUUGGGGUACCAACCUAAUGGUAGAAUGGACAGUAACAGUGUUGGGGUACCAACCUAAUGGUAGAAUGGAUAGUAACAGUGUUGGGGUACCAACCUAAUGGUAGAAUGGAUAGUAACAGUGUUGGGGUACCAACCUAAUGGUAGAAUGGACAGUAACAGUGUUGGGGUACCAUCCUAAUGGUAGAAUGGACAGUAACAGUGUUGGGGUACCAACCUAAUGGUAGAAUGGAUAGUAACAGUGUUGGGGUACCAACCUAAUGGUAGAAUGGAUAGUAACAGUGUUGGGGUACCAACCUAAUGGUAGAAUGGAUAGUAACAGUGUUGGGGGUACCAUCCUAAUGGUAGAAUGGAUAGUAACAGUGUUGGGGUACAGUCCUAAUGGUAGAAUGGAUAGUAACAGUGUUGGGGUACCAACCUAAUGGUAGAAUGGAUAGUAACAGUGUUGGGGUACCAACCUAAUGGUAGAAUGGAUAGUAACAGUGUUGGGGUACCAACCUAAUGGUAGAAUGGAUAGUAACAGUGUUGGGGUACCAUCCUAAUGGUAGAAUGGACAGUAACAGUGUUGGGGUACCAACCUAAUGGUAGAAUGGAUAGAAACGGUGUUGGGGUACCAACCUAAUGGUAGAAUAAAAUGUUGGGGUACCAUCCUAAUGGUAGAAUGGAUAGUAACAGUGUUGGGGUACCAACCUAAUGGUAGAAUGGAUAGUAACAGUGUUGGGGUACCAACCUAAUGUUAGAAUGGAUAGUAACAGUGUUGGGGUACCAUCCUAAUGGUAGAAUGGAUAGUAACAGUGUUGGGGUACCAACCUAAUGGUAGAAUGGAUAGUAACAGUGUUGGGGUACCAACCUAAUGGUAGAAUGGAUAGUUACAGUGUUGGGGUACCAACCUAAUGGUAGAAUGGAUAGUAACAGUGUUGGGGUACCAUCCUAAUGGUAGAAUGGAUAGUAACAGUGUUGGGGUACCAACCUAAUGGUAGAAUGGAUAGAAACGGUGUUGGGGUACCAACCUAAUGGUAGAAUAAAAUGUUGGGGUACCAUCCUAAUGGUAGAAUGGAUAGUAACAGUGUUGGGGUACCAACCUAAUGGUAGAAUGGAUAGUAACAGUGUUGGGGUACCAACCUAAUGGUAGAAUGGAUAGAAACGGUGUUGGGGUACCAACCUAAUGGUAGAAUAAAAUGUUGGGGUACCAUCCUAAAGGUAGAAUGGAUAGUAACAGUGUUGGGGUACCAACCUAAUGAUAGAAUGGAUAGUAACAGUGUUGGGGUACCAACCUAAUGGUAGAAUGGAUAGUAACAGUGUUGGGGUACCAACCUAAUGGUAGAAUGGAUAGUAACAGUGUUGGGGUACCAUCCUAAUGGUAGAAUGGAUAGUAACAGUGUUGGGGUACCAACCUAAUGGUAGAAUGGAUAGUAACAGUGUUGGGGUAUCAACCUAAUGGUAGAAUGGAUAGUAACAGUGUUGGGGUACCAACCUAAUGGUAGAAUGGUUAGUAACAGUGUUGGGGUACCAACCUAAUGGUAGAAUGGAUAGUAACAGUGUUGGGGUACCAACCUAAUGGUAGAAUGGAUAGUAACAGUGUUGGGGUACCAACCUAAUGGUAGAAUGGAUAGUAACAGUGUUGGGGUACCAACCUAAUGGUAGAAUGGAUAGUAACAGUGUUGGGGUACCAUCCUAAUGGUAGAAUGGAUAGUAACAGUGUUGGGGUACCAUCCUAAUGGUAGAAUGGAUAGUAACAGUGUUGGGGUAACAUCCUAAUGGUAGAAUGGAUAGUAACAGUGUUGGGGUACCAUCCUAAUGGUAGAAUGGAUAGUAACAGUGUUAGGGUACCAACCUAAUGGUAGAAUAGAUAGUAACAGUGUUGGGGUACCAACCUAAUGGUAGAAUGAUAGUAACAGUGUUGGGGUACCAACCUAAUGGUAGAAUGAUAGUAACAGUGUUGGGGUACAAAAUACAUAAAUAACUGUACAAAUGUUAUGGAGACACAGUGUUUUGUAAAAACAUUGAAUAUAAGAAUAAUAAUUGGAAUCAUUUGGACCGGGGAGACCUGAUCUUAGAUCAACACUCCUAUUGAACACCAUGGGGUGUAUUCACUAGGAAACAGACCUGAUCCUAGAUCAGGACUCCUAUUCAACACUAUGGGGUGUAUUCACUAGGAAACAGACCUGAUCCUAGAUCAGGACUCCUAUUCAACACUAUGGGGUGUAUUCACUAGGAAACAGACCUGAUCCUAGAUCAGGACUCCUAUUCAACACCAUGGGGUGUAUUCACUAGGAAACAGACCUGAUCCUAGAUCAACACUCCUAUUCAACACCAUGGGGGGUAUUCACUAGGAAACAGACCUGAUCCUAGAUCAACACUCCUAUUCAACACCAUGGGGGGUAUUCACUAGGAAACAGACCUGAUCCUAGUUUAGGACUCCUAUUCAACACUAUGGGGUGUAUUCACUAGGAAACAGACCUGAUCCUAGAUCAACACUCCUAUUCAACACCAUGGGGGGUAUUCACUAGGAAACAGACCUGAUCCUAGUUUAGGACUCCUAUUCAACACCAUGGGGUGUAUUCACUAGGAAACAGACCUGAUCCUAGAUCAACAUCAUGGGGUGUAUUCACUAGGAAACAGACCUGAUCCUAGAUCAACACUCCUAUUCAACACCAUGGGGUGUGUUCACUAGGAAACAGACCUGAUCCUAGAUCAACACUCCUAUUCAACAUUUAGGAUUACACUGAAUGCUUUCCUCCUUAAAACAGGGUAGAGACCUACCUGAAUUUGUCCAAAAUAAACUAUUGUUUUGUUGCAAAACGUUGUGCUACGGUAGAUGACUAAUGAAUACACCCCUGAUCUGACUGGGAUGUAAAUCUUUGUCAACAAACAAAAAGAGUUUAUAGUUUUUUUUUUACCUCUCCCCCUCUUCGGAGGACAAAUAUGUUGGUUUUAUUUCAGAUUUUUUGCUACAUAUACAUAUAUCCAUACAUAUACAUAUCCAUACACACACACAUUUCCAUGUGCCAUAUACAGUGGGGAGAAGAAGUAUUUGAUACACUGCCAAUUUUGCAGGUUUUUCUACUUACAAAGCAUGUAGAGGUCUGUAAUUGUUUAUCAUAGGUACACUUCAACUGUGAGAGACGGAAUCUAAAACAAAAAUCCAGAAAAUCACAUUGUAUGAUUUUUAAGUAAUUAAUUUGCAUUUUAUUGCAUGACAUAAGUGUUUGAUCACCUACCAACCAGUAAGAAUUCCAGCUCUCACAGACAUGUUAGUUUUUCUUUAAGAAGCCCUCCUGUUCUCCACUCAUUACCUGUAUUAACUGCACCUGUUUGAACUCGUUACCUGUAUAAAAGACACCUGUCCACACACUCAAUCAAAAAGACUCCAACCUCUCCACAAUGGCCAAGACCAGAGAGUUGUGUAAGGACAUCAGGGAUAAAAUUGUAGACCUGCACACGGCUGGGAUGGGCUGCAGGACAAUAGGCAAGCAGCUUGGUGAGAAGGCAACAACUGUUGGCGCAAUUAUUAGAAAAUGGAAGAAGUUCAAGAUGACGGUCAAUCACCCUCGGUCUGGGGCUCCAUGCAAGAUCUCACCUCGUGGGGCAUCAAUGAUCAUGAGGAAGGUGAGGGAUCAGCCCAGAACUACACGGCAGGACCUGGUCAAUGACCUGAAGAGAGCUGGGACCAGCUCAUUAUAUAUAUUCAUUAUAUAAAUAGGCAUGUUUAAUUUUGUCUGGCUUAGGAUUCCAAAUCAAAUUAGUUUUUGGUUCCUAAAAUGGUUCCAUAGUGCUGUUGUUGGAGUUUUAACAUGAUAAAGAGAAUGUAUUCUG